AUUGAAUUGAAAUCGGUGGUAUGUAUGUAUAGUCCACCAACAUAGAUCUCUCUCUUGCUGUGGCUCCUUUCUUCCUCUACACAGAUCUUUGGAUUCAGAAGAAAGAGGUUUUAUGCUCUGAGGGUAAGUAAUCCCGUUGAUCUGAUCGAGAAAUUCAUAUUGAUAGAGCUCUAAAAUUGGAUCUAAAAUGGGUGCUGCUGAAAACAACCUUGAAAUGGAGGGUACCCUGGAGAUCGGCAUGGAGUAUAGAACUGUUUCUGGUGUUGCGGGACCUCUCGUCAUCCUUGAAAAAGUCAAGGGGCCUAAAUACCAAGAAAUUGUCAAUAUCCGUCUUGGGGAUGGAACUACCCGACGUGGUCAAGUUCUCGAAGUUGAUGGAGAGAAAGCUGUUGUUCAGGUAUUUGAGGGAACAUCUGGAAUCGACAACAAGUACACAACUGUGCAAUUUACAGGAGAGGUUUUGAAAACUCCUGUUUCUUUGGAUAUGCUUGGUCGCAUCUUCAAUGGUUCAGGGAAGCCCAUUGACAACGGUCCACCUAUAUUGCCUGAGGCGUACUUGGAUAUUUCUGGAAGUUCUAUCAAUCCCAGUGAGAGAACCUAUCCUGAAGAGAUGAUUCAGACGGGUAUAUCCACCAUUGAUGUCAUGAACUCUAUCGCCAGAGGACAGAAGAUUCCCCUCUUUUCUGCCGCAGGUCUUCCCCACAAUGAAAUUGCUGCUCAGAUUUGCCGUCAGGCUGGUUUGGUUAAGCGUUUAGAGAAGUCAGAUAAUCUUCUCGAGCAUCAGGAGGAUGAUAACUUCGCCAUUGUGUUCGCAGCAAUGGGUGUGAACAUGGAGACUGCACAAUUUUUUAAACGUGAUUUCGAGGAGAAUGGAUCGAUGGAGAGAGUGACUCUUUUCCUUAACUUGGCAAACGACCCCACUAUUGAGCGUAUCAUCACUCCUCGUAUCGCACUUACAACUGCUGAGUACUUGGCAUAUGAAUGUGGCAAGCAUGUCCUUGUCAUUCUCACAGACAUGAGUUCCUACGCCGAUGCUCUUCGUGAGGUCUCUGCUGCCCGUGAAGAAGUGCCUGGAAGGCGUGGUUACCCAGGUUACAUGUACACCGACUUGGCUACCAUAUACGAGAGAGCAGGGCGAAUUGAAGGGAGGAAAGGUUCCAUCACUCAAAUUCCCAUUUUAACCAUGCCAAACGAUGAUAUCACGCAUCCCACACCAGAUCUGACAGGAUACAUUACAGAGGGGCAAAUCUAUAUUGACCGACAACUUCACAAUAGACAGAUCUACCCUCCGAUCAAUGUCUUGCCAUCUCUGUCUCGUCUCAUGAAGAGUGCCAUUGGUGAGGGUAUGACUCGCAGGGACCACUCUGAUGUUUCUAAUCAAUUGUAUGCCAAUUACGCUAUUGGAAAGGACGUGCAGGCCAUGAAAGCCGUGGUUGGAGAAGAAGCUCUUUCUUCCGAGGAUCUGCUAUAUCUUGAGUUCUUGGAUAAGUUCGAGAGGAAGUUUGUGGCUCAGGGAGCUUAUGAUACCCGAAACAUCUUCCAGUCACUCGACCUGGCAUGGACUCUCCUCAGAAUCUUCCCCCGUGAGUUACUUCACCGUAUACCCGCGAAAACCCUUGAUCAGUUUUACAGUCGCGAUACCACCAACUGAAGAACAUAGUUUCUACUGCCUUGGUGUGAUGAUAUGUCCAAAUGCAUCUUUAUUUUUUACUUCUGCGGUUGGAUCACACCUCUGAGUCGUCCGUCCCAAUAAAUGGUGUUUGUUCCCAAUCGCUAGACCCUUUAUUAUUGUCUUCGAAACUGAGCAAGCCAGGUUGAUUAUUCUUUUUGUAAGAGAAAUUGAAAUUCUUGUAUAAUUUAUGAGAUUUUGCAUCUUUUUUUUGGGGUACCAAAUUACUGGUUCAGAACAACAUACAUUUGUUUGUCUUAUUACUGUCACGAAUGUCAAUGCAGCUUCUUCUUCUUUUUUUAUAACAAUUUGGGUUUUACAUUUG